GCGUGAAUGCCAGUGAACGCUGUGAUUUAAGAGGCACAGCUGUCCACGGGGAGAUGACACACCAUCACACACACCAAUGCAACUGGGGACGGGGAGAGCGAGCGAGCGAGCAAAACAACGAGGGGAGGACAGGGUGCCGAUCCGGUGUCGGCAGCGGAGCAGAAAUUUAGACGGGAGGAGAAAUAGAAUGCGGGGAAUGAAGCAGAACAAGAGGUUCAGAGAUAGUGAGAGAUCAACAGGGAGAAAGAUAAGAGGCUAGAGAGUUAGGGAGAGAGAGAGAGAGAGAGAGAGAGAGGGAGAGAGAGAGUGAGAGAGAGAGGGAGAGAGAGAGAGAGAGGCAGCGCUUCCUAACUCCAGUGAUUCCCAGGCUGGCAGUGAGCUCUCCGCUCUGAUCUGCCAGCUCUGAUGGAGUUUCAUGCCCUCGCAGGCAGUGCUGGGGAUCCAGAGGGCAUCACAGGUUUCCGCUGCUGACCAGGUCCUCUGAUCCAGCACCCACUUUUUUUUGACCAUAUCCGCCUGCAGCACAGAUGAGAGUCAGGAUGAGCUAAUCUCAACCUCACUAAGGGCUAAUGGAUCAUCAACCGGUGACAGCCACCACAAUCCAAAACAGGGAGCAGAGAGAACACUGAAUGCAAGAAGAAUGGCAGAUAUGAGAGUGAUACUGGUGUGUGCUCUGCUCUACCCCCUGUCUUUGUCACAUGCCUGUCCAAAGGAGUGUAGCUGCAACAGCAACACCAAAGUAGUAGACUGCCGGGGCCGAGGCCUCUAUGACAUUCCUCGACGACUGCAUCCAGACACCCAAGAACUGUAUCUGCAAGACAAUCGUAUCAGGGGGCUGGGAUCAGUGGCUUUCAGGGAAAUACCCCUCGUCCGCAUUAUCGACCUAUCGAACAACUCCAUAACAUCUAUAUCACCCACUGCUCUGCUCAGGCUGAGGACACUGCAGCGCCUCAGCCUGGCCUACAACAGCCUAAAAGAGCUUGACAAGCGGUUGCUCGGCCCGAUCCGCACGCUUUCACACCUCGACCUCUCACAUAACAGCUUGUGGGGACUGCCGGGAGCCAUGGGGGACAGUUUGAGGAACCUCAGCCACUUGGGGUUAGCGUACAACAGAAUAACGCGAUUGGACCGCUCCCUCCUUGAGGCCCUGACACACCUGGACAGCCUCACGCUACGAGGCAACCUCUGGAAGUGUGACUGCCAGCUCAUAGGCCUCAAGCUCUGGCUGGAGACCUACCUGUUUAAAGGUGGAGUCGUGGAUGAAGUAAUCUGCUUGCAGCCAGAAGAAAUGAGGAACAGAGACCUUCAGAAAGUCCCUUACCAGCUCUUCCAUGCCUGUAUGACUACAAGCUACCAUUACCUGUUUGCCAACAUACACCACCUGGAGUCUGAGAGGCUACUGCGAGGCCACACCCAUGGCAACCAUGCUCAUCCCUCAAGCCACACUCUCCAUAUCCCCAUGGCAAUGGGGGAGGGCUUUGGUGGUGGUGGGGGAGCGGAAGGAGGAGCAGGAGGAGGAGGAGGAGGAGGGGGAGGAGGAGGAGGAGGAGGGGGUAUGGUAGAGUGUGAAACUAAGCAGAGGCCACGGCCUGUCAACUUGCGCCACGCUAUCGCCACCGUGAUCAUCACCGGCGUGGUGUGUGGGAUCGUGUGUCUCAUGAUGCUGGCAGCAGCAGUGUACGGAUGUGCCUACGCUGCGAUCAUGGCCAAAUACCAGCGAGAGUUAAAGAAGAACGAGGAGCUGGCAGCAGCGGCGCAGGGGGCGGAUCACGCCACGGCCGACGAGAAGGAACCACUGGAGAACGCCAUCGCCUAGGGGACGAAAACAUCAACCUUGAACUCAAAACCUGGGCCUCAACCCUUUAACCUAACUGUCUCUGGAUGCCAUGUGUGUGUGCUCGUGCAUAUGUGUCGGAGAGAGGGAGACAGAGGCGGGAUGAUGUAUUUUUGUGUGUGUUCACCUCAUUUCUGAGAUUUGGGUAGCUAAAUUCCGCAGGUAUUUGACUAUGCACUGACGAGGAGAGUAUCUUCUACUGUAUGCGGGUUUGAGGGGCAGGCCAAAGAACUCAAAGAUAUAAAUUUCAGUUUGUCUGAGAAAUGCAUAUCACAGAUAGGAACAAAUUGCUAUAUAUUUAUAACUGUGUACUUCUAGAUAUAAUAGUAAAGUUCUGGUAUUUAUAAAGUGGAUUUUAGAAUCUGGUUGUCUUUUCACUGUUGUUCAUCUGUUUUUGACGUAAUUUUGAAAACUCCUAGUAGGCAGCUGCUGUCCUAAGUUGUUUGUAUCACUGUUGUGAGUGUCUGAGAGCAAGACUGAGACUUUUUGUGUUUCAUUUGUGCUGAAGAAUGCAUGGGAAUAUGUACACUGUAUGCACAUGCUCAUUUCAAGCGUCUGUGCCUAAUAUCAAGAAAACGUUCUGAGGAGGAAAUACGUUUUCCUAAAGGAUUAAAAGGAUUAUUAUUAUUAUUUUUUUUUUUCUGACCACUCCGUGAAAAUGGGAAAUUCGUUGAAGCAAUAAUGAAACAAACUAAAAAUGAAAACAGCAAAACCUGGGCUCGGCAUGGUUGUUUUUCCACGACUCUGUGAGUUCAUGAGUGUGUGUUGUCAUCCUGCUGCACACAGUCACACCAAUACACACACACGUUUAGAAGAACAGCUCUUGAGGUCAGCGUAGUUUCAUUUGUUAGUGAGUCAAUGAUUACAUAACAGUAGUCAUGUCUUGCAAUAUGUAUUACAUAAAAUAAAAGGAAACAUUUUACCUGU